GCCCGCCCCCCGGGAAUGAAUGGAUGGGCGGCCUCGGCGCCCGCCCGAGCGCGGGGAGGACCGACCCGGCGGGGACCUACUGGGGGCAGGACCCGGGGAGCAAGAUGGCCACGGUCAUCCCUGGUCCCCUGAGCCUAGGCGAGGACUUCUACCGCGAGGCCAUCGAGCACUGCCGCAGCUACAACGCGCGCCUGUGCGCCGAGCGCAGCCUGCGCCUGCCCUUCCUCGACUCGCAGACCGGCGUGGCCCAGAACAACUGCUACAUCUGGAUGGAGAAGACCCACCGCGGGCCGGGUUUGGCCCCGGGACAGAUCUAUACGUACCCCGCCCGCUGCUGGAGGAAGAAACGGAGACUCAACAUUCUGGAGGACCCCAGACUCCGGCCCUGCGAGUACAAGAUUGACUGUGAGGCGCCCCUGAAGAAGGAGGGUGGCCUCCCAGAAGGGCCGGUGCUUGAGGCUCUGCUGUGUGCUGAGACGGGGGAGAAGAAGAUUGAGCUGAAGGAAGAGGAGACCAUUAUGGACUGCCAGAAACAGCAGCUGCUGGAGUUUCCGCACGAUCUUGAGGUAGAAGACUUGGAGGAUGACAUUCCCAGGAGGAAGAACCGGGCCAAAGGAAAGGCGUAUGGCAUCGGGGGUCUCCGGAAACGCCACGACACCGCUUCCCUGGAGGACCGAGACAAGCCGUAUGUCUGUGAUAUCUGUGGGAAACGGUAUAAGAACCGGCCGGGGCUCAGCUACCACUACACCCACACCCACCUGGCGGAGGAGGAGGGGGAGGAGAACGCCGAACGCCACGCCCUGCCCUUCCACCGGAAAAACAACCAUAAACAGUUUUACAAAGAAUUGGCCUGGGUCCCUGAGGCACACAGGAAACACACAGCCAAGAAGGCGCCCGACGGCACUGUCAUCCCCAACGGCUACUGUGACUUCUGCCUGGGUGGCUCCAAGAAGACGGGGUGUCCCGAGGACCUCAUCUCCUGUGCUGAUUGUGGGCGAUCAGGACACCCCUCGUGUUUACAGUUCACGGUGAACAUGACGGCGGCCGUGCGGACCUACCGCUGGCAGUGCAUCGAGUGCAAGUCAUGCAGCCUGUGUGGCACCUCGGAGAACGACGGUGCCAGCUGGGCGGGUCUCACCCCCCAGGACCAGCUGCUGUUCUGUGACGACUGCGAUCGGGGUUACCACAUGUACUGCCUGAGUCCCCCCAUGGCGGAGCCCCCGGAAGGGAGUUGGAGUUGUCACCUCUGUCUUCGGCACCUGAAAGAAAAGGCUUCUGCCUACAUCACCCUCACCUAGGCCUGGCUCCGGCUCACCUGGACCUCUGGGGUGGGGCACGCCUACCCGCCUCUUGGAGCUCCUCGGCUCUCUCCUCGUCCUUAAUGCCCCACAGCAGGAGGGGGACCGGGGCCUGAGAGGGGGCUGGGCCCCCCUUCCAACGUGCAAGUGGAAUGUUUGCCCUGUGGGUUGGUGGGCCUGGCAGGGCCCCUCUCCCCUCCUCCCUCCUUCCCCAUCCCUUGGCAAAUGGGCACCAGGGGCUUCUGCUCCCCUCAAAGCCAUACCCCGCCUCUGGGCGGGCACGAGGGGUAGUGGAUGCCAGCUGGGGACACGGACACAGCCUUUUUCUAAAGAAAAACUCAAAAAGUUAAAAAAAAAAAAGAAAUUAAUAUAUACAAAGAGUCCUAUAAGGCCUGGCUGGGUGGAAGGGGCACCGCUGAGCGCGUCCACUGGGCACCAGUCUAUGCCAGCGUCCCCCCCCCCUGCCCCGGUUUCUGGAGUUGCAGCUGCCCCACCUCCCCCCAAGGUGGCACCAUGCCCCCCUGUGCCCAGGGCAGGUGGGUGUGGUGUCCACCCCUCACCCCCUCUUGGUGCCCGCCGUGGAUACUGCAUGAAGUGAACCAUGGUUCUGAACUCCGUCCCUGUCCCUCCGAGCGCCCCGCCCUGCCUGCUGGCCGUGGCCAUGGCAGGGUGGUGGGCGGCUCGGGGGUGGGGCACGGCGGGCCCCUGCCCAGCGCCUGCUGGAAUGAGAAGCACAGACUCUGCAAUGGACUCCGUUUUCCCUGCUUCCCUGCCCCAAGUCCCCACCGGCCAGGCCGGGCUGCCCCCUGCCACCCUCGCUGGCCAUUUUCGGGGUCGCGAGGGGGCGUGGUUGUUUCUUGUGGUUGUGUGUGUUUGUUGUUCGGUUUUAAAAAAAAGGGAAAUUGAGACUGCAGGUGGGGGAGGUGGUGGGUUGGGGGGUUCUCCCCCAAUCCAGGCGUGCCCUCCCUUGUAAAUGAGUCUCCUUUAUUGCCUGCCUCUGCUGUGAAUUAACUUGUUCUGUGUAUUAAACUGGGCCUGACCCCUCUGCCCACAA